AUGACAACAAUAAAAGUAAACGACGAACAGGAACUAAUAAAUAAAUUGGCUUCUUAUAUAGAGAAGAUAUCAAACGACUCAAUUUACAACCGUGGAAAGUUUUACGUCGGCUUUUCCGGAGGUUCCGUAGUCAAGUAUCUAAAGGAAAGUUUGCCUAGAGUGGACACGGAAUGGUCUGAAUGGGUGUUGGCAUUUUGCGACGAGCGCGUGGUACCCGAAGAUAAUGAGGACUCGACUUUUGGCACAUAUAAGAAGGAACUUCUACCAAAUAUACCGCUGAAAGAAAGUCAAUUUGUUACAAUCAAGCAAGGUGUUACGGCGAAGGAAGCCGCUGAGGACUACACAGCAAAACUUACAAAAGCCUUUGGUGGAGAUGAUUUCAAAUUCGACCUACUUCUCCUCGGUAUGGGCCCUGAUGGCCACACCUGCUCACUGUUCCCUGGCCAUCCGCUGUUAGAGGAGAAAGAUUUGAAGGUAGCUUUCAUUACGGACUCGCCCAAGCCUCCUCCAGAAAGGAUAACAUUGACUUAUCCAACUAUUAAUAAUGCAAGGAAUUGUAUAUUUGCGAUCAGCGGUGCUGGAAAAGCUGAUAUGAUUAAGCGCAUACUAAAAGACAAAGAAGACCUGCCAGCGGGACGCGUGAAGCCAGGGGCCGGCGCGCUGUACUGGAUCCUGGACGAGGGGGCCGCGAAGCAUCUUUGA